AUGGCUAGAUUAGGCCGAGUAGCCGCAGUCCUUAUACCAUGGCUCUUGACAAUCGCAUCUCUAGCUUGGCUCUCCACGGUCAUCAUUAGUUCCGUCUAUACAAAGCAAAAAUCAGGAAACAAGCUAUACUUCGUUAGGGUUGACCUUGCCAAUCUCACAGAUCCAGAUGUGUCCUCUCAGCUCUCCUCAAUGGCCUCUUUGGCCCUGAAAAACCUCACUGAAGCAAAAGAUCUUCUAUCCGACCUCCAGAAAGCUGAGACGGAGUCCCAAAUUCGCGAUUUCUAUGAUAUCGGAUUCUUGGGAUACUGUGCAGGAAACAAGACCAGCAAUGGCGACUAUAUCGUGGACUACUGCUCUCCUGCAAAGCCUAUGUUCUGGUUCGAUCCAGUAACGGUCUGGGGACUCAAUGGCACGGGAGCCGAAGCUCUUCUUCCAGACGCCCUUAAAGAUGGUCUCAAGGCAUAUGAAAAGGCUUCUACAUGGAUGUUCGUAGCCUAUGUUAUUGCAUUUGCCGCCACCUUUGUCGAAAUCCUGGUGGCGAUUUCGGCAUUCUUCAGUCGCAUUGGAAGUUUGUUAACAAGCUUGAUUUCUGGCGUCUCCACCAUCUUCACACUCUUAGCUAGUAUUACAGCCACGGCAUUGUUCAUUACAUUAGACGGCGUAUUCACCACCUCACUAAAGGAAUAUCAAGUACGCUCCAUGAUCGGUACUCUUCUCUUGGUAUUUACAUGGCUCGCAGUUGCUUGUUCUCUCGUCAGCGGCAUGUUCUGGGCUUUCACUUCAUGCUGCUGCUCAGGACAGUCCCGAACUAAAUCCGGUCAAUACAUUAUUGUGGAAAAGGCACCUACUUAUGAACGUGUGGCGUUUGCCUAUACGGGAUACGAUGGUCCUGGUGAGCCUAUGUUGGGCGGAUACCAAGCCCAUGUCACACCAAGUGCAUAUGAGCCUUUUAGACAUGUACCUGACAACGGCGCUUGA